AUGACUCUCACGGCAACGAGACCCGGCCCUUUUCGGCUGACGACUCUCACGGCAUACUCGACCGAGACUGUGGUUCGGGCCAUCCCGUGGACAAAGACAAGAGUCAUCACGUCGGUUCGCGGAUCGACCGUCACGGAUGUAUCCACGGCGUUCCGCACCAAGACGGAAGAGGUGGUCAACGUUGAAACCACCGUGACCGUCACCACCGUCGGAGGCACAACCACGGUCGUGUCUACUCUCGACGUUGCCGACGUCACCGUCACCACGACCAGCAGCACUCAGAUUACGGGGACGGCGAAUGCCACGACCACGGUAGACCCGCAAUCGGCCACGGUGACGGCUACCAACCUCGACACGGCCGAUGUGACGACGACGAGCAGUGUCGCUGUAGUCACAAGGACCUUGACCACGUCCGCUCCGGUGAAGACGGUCACAAGUUUUGUCAGCUCUACACCCACGUCUACGGCUCGUAGGCGACUAAAGAAGGUGAAAAGCAAGGGAUAUAAAUGA